AUGAAGACAGAGGCAGAGGUUAACGUCAUCGAUGCCACAUCCCAGGUUGACGUCUCCAAGCACUUUGAUGGCCAGAAACAUUGGAGCUGGGCGAAAUGGGGCCAGUAUCGCAAUCCCGAUCGCGUUGCCGAGCAAGCCACCACAUCCGAACACUUCGUCCAUCGCGACAUCUUGUCCCGAGUAACCACACGGCCAAAAGAUGUUCUGCGCUAUCUAAGCCCGACAUACGGCAGACCAAUUCGCAUGCGAGUACAAUCUGUGGACGUGCACCAGGGAGGCGGUGAUUGGCGCCGGGUAGAAGUUCAGGGGAAUGCGCCUUGGCUUCUUCGCCUAUCCUCCUGGAUCAUCAAGACUUCAGGGAGCACCAUGGAUAUCACAGAUAUUCUUUUGAUUGCAGGCAAGGUGCUCCUUGUUCUUCCAGCACACAUAUUUAUCCUUUUGAUUCCCAUGGGCAAUGAAAGUGCGGUUCGGUCCACGUAUUACAGCCUCCUAAUUCGCUGUUGGGACUAUCCGAGAUAUGCUCGAAACACCCUGGAUGCAAGCCCGCUUGCUGCUGAUACCGUUGACUGGAAAAAUAACCUUUAUGUUGUCAACGGAGAUAUGUCGCGCCUUCUCCGUCCUCGGCGCCUCAUUGUCCGCCGUGGGGCCUCGUGGGAGCUCGUGACCAACUCAGCGGAACCAUAUCUAUUCGUGAGCUACACCGCGACCCAGUUUAGUCCCAAAGAUCCUAGCGCUUGUCAAAGACUUGAACGGCUCGCCGAGAAGAUGACGGAAGAGGCUGGUUUGACGGCAUACUGGCUAGACCACCGGUGCAUGGAACAAACACCCGGCCCGUUGUUUUCGGAAGAUGUUUAUCGAAUAUGUGACUGCAUUAGAGGCGCCGUUGGGGUCUGUGUCAUGGUGCCCGACUUUAGCGAGGCGAGCAUGGCGAAUUGGGGCAACCGCCUGUGGACUUUGCCGGAAGCUCUGCUGUCGUCAAGUCUAAACAUCAAAUUCUGCUCAGCGGAUUCCACAAUGGAGAUUUCCAAGAUUGCACUCGCUUCGGAUGUUUGGAAAGACGGACAAGUAUCUCGUCUCUUGGCAGAGCACUUCAGCGGCCUGCUGACCCUCUCUCGACUGGAACUUAUCUCGUUGGGCUUGGAAGCCCUCGGUAGUCGCGAGACGCAGAAUCUACAUACGCAGGGCGAUCUUGCAUAUGCUUUAAUGUCUCUGCUGAAACAAAGACCACGCACGAACCCAAACGACACGCUCUUCCAGGCUCUGGCGCGUCUCUCUCUCGCCAACGACUCGGAUCAAAUUGUCGAGCGGAUGAUGUGCAUGCUGCCGGACGUCGGCGCAAGCCCCAAGCUCAACAAGAAGUUUGUUGUCAACGAUCAGCUUGGCGCCAAGCUCUGGGACAUCCAACCUCUAUGCCAGGUGGCUGGUGUCUGCGGUGAUGAAGGCGUCAUCCUCGAUGGGUGCCGGGGUAUCUCUAUCCGCUGGAAGGAUAUUCCGCAGAUCACCUAUCUGCGACGUAAGGCAUGGAAAAGAAUGUUUGCUGAGAUAGGACUCCGUUCUGGACCGCUGUGGUUCAUCAUCGGUUGUAUCAUGGUAGGCAUGCCUUCUACAGUAGCGACAGGUGCCAUCCUCCUAGUCAUCGGCCUGGUUCUCCUGAUUGCUGCGCCUUGGUCAGUCCAGCUUCUCUACGGCGGUAAGAUCUGGGGUCAGUCGCCGUGGCUCAUUGGAAUCGAAGGCGUUCUUCCCAUCGCUAAGAUCGAACAUCUGGCAUUCGGAAAUGCCAUUGGGCGCAUCUCGUACGCGCCAUCAAGCACGCUCCUCUCUUGCAAACAGGCUCGUGAACGGGUGGGUGAAGGCCCUGGGUGGAUUGAAAGACCGGGCUCCUGUGCGCCGCCGACACUGGCGCCCGGCCAGCGCUUCUUCACUCUGCUUGAUACCGGCUCGAUGACAGUCAGUGUCUUUGCGGCCGAGCGGCCUCCAUCAGCUGCUUUGAUUUGUGGGCAGGAAGGAGGCAUGUUGCGUGUCGUGCUAUGCCACUAUGAGAGGUCGACGGGCACGAUGCACAAGGAGACAGUCCUCAGAAUGGAGACGCCUAUGCUCGAUCAAGCUUCACUAUUGGGAUGGGUCAAGAUUGCGUAG